AGGAAGGGGUAACGAAGACGGUGACGAUGUUAAUUACGUCGCGGGAGUGAGUGAGGAAUAAGUUUUGCCCUAAGUUACGUACUGUACUCUACAUGCGAAGGAUGUUGUGCAGGCAAAGGGUUAGGGUUGUUGUUUUUAUUUAAAGAAAACGAUUUCCCAACCCUUUCCAAAGAGCUUCAUUAGUCUACUGACUCUACACAACUCCUUCAUGCUGAUUGACAUUAGCCACCGGGAGUAGCCCACAAAUUAUGGCCUUCAGGUUCAAUUUUGCUGCAGACGAUACUGAUGAUGACUUCAUUCCUAAUUCUCUACCAGCCCCUGCGCCGCAGGCUUUACCAGCCGAGGUGCAUGCACCAGCUAGGUACCAUAUUCUUCAAGAGCUGAUGGCUCGGAUUCCACGAAAUAUAUCCUACGCUACCAUAUCCAUUACACCCACCGUGUCAAUCCCCCGGCGAGAGCUUUACGAUGUUCGAAUGCAGAUUAUGGAUGAAGAUGAGCUUAACGGAAACGGGUCGGAAAGGAGCAUAACAGUAGGAUUGGACAAAGAGGAUAUCAGGUCCAGUUUGUACGAAGGCGGAUUAAAGAGUUGGGAAUGUUCAGUUGAUCUGGUGAGACAUCUGGCUAGUCUGUAUGAACAGACUGGCCCAGAGAGCAAGAAGGUUCUAGAGUUAGGCUGUGGGACAUCCCUCCCAUCCCUAUUUCUCUUCCAAACCACCCUGAGUGCAACAAAAACCGCUAAACCCCCGUUCACCCAUUUCACACUUGCGGACUACAACUUAGAAGUCCUUCGCCUCGUCACUCUCCCGAACAUCCUCCUCUCCUGGGCGAUGCUUAACCACCUCUCAUCCUCCCCUGAACCAUGGAAACCCGAAGGUGACCUAGACGUCACUGAGACCUUGACCGCGGCGUUUCUCUCGGACCUAUCUAGUCGUGGAAUAGCUUUGGAUUUCGUUUCUGGGGGAUGGAGUACUGAGAUGACAGAACUACUGAAACCCACAAGUCCAUAUGACCUAGUGCUAGGAUCAGAAACGAUUUACUCCCCUUCGACUACCCCGUUAUUUACGGAUGUUUUAUUGGAAGUGUUGAAAGGUGGAGAGGGAAGCGGACUUGUCGCGGCAAAACAAAUAUAUUUCGGCGUUGGAGGUGGUGUGACAGAUUUCGUCAACCUCGUAAGGUCGAAGGACUCAAAUGUUCAGAUCCGGGUAGUCAGGGAGGAGAGGGAGGCGGGUGUUGGAAGGUCUAUUGUGGAAAUAUCCAAUAAAUCGGGCCAGCCGUAGUCGGACUAGAGCUAUAAUUACGCAGUGCAGUUUAUGAUGUCAAA